CAACAGAAAAGAAGACAGAUUGAUUUUCUUUUCUUUUGAUUGAAUUCUCGGAUUGAGGACAUUCGACAGAGACCACAAAACAGAAAAAGAGCAAAUUUUCUAUACAUUGAGCGGAACGUUUAGUGAUUCAUCUCGUAAUUUAUCAUACCAGUGACACAAAAAUACCUCGUUAAAAUGUCCGACUGGGACACAGUAACAAUACUUCGCAAAAAACCCCCAAAGGCAUCUGCCUUGAAGACUGAACAGGCUGUUAAUGCUGCACGCCGACAAGGAUUACCAGUCGAUACCCAGCAAAAAUACGGUGCAGGAACGAAUAAACAACAUGUAACAACAAAAAACACGGCGAAGCUGGACCGAGAGACUGAAGAAUUGCGACAUGAGAAAGUGCCGUUAGAUCUAGGGAAACUUAUAAUGCAAGGUCGACAAGCAAAAGGCAUGAGCCAGAAAGAUUUAGCUACAAAAAUAUGUGAAAAACCGCAAAUUGUAAAUGAUUAUGAGGCUGGUCGUGGUAUUCCAAAUAAUAUAGUAUUGGGCAAGAUAGAAAGAGCAAUUGGGAUAAAACUACGAGGAAAAGAAAGAGGCCAACCACUACAGCCUCCUGGAGGAAAGAAAUAGCGGAUUCCCUGGGAGGCGAAGACUUAUUCCGAUUGAUUUAUUGCAUAAUAUUUUAUUUCAUUUUGCUAUUGAAGUGUUAAAAUUGUGUAAUGUAAAAAUAACAUGCUGGAAAAUGAUGUAAGCAAAUGUUUUUUUUCUCUGGAAUGUUCCGUUGUGUUACCAUUGUGAAAAAUCAAAAAAUUCAAUGAAAAUGGAUGUGAUAUGCAAUAAACAACAUAGUUAUUACAUA